AUGAAGGGUGGCGGCAUCGAGAACCCCGUGUUUGAGCCGCCCAGCCCCGAGCUCGCCCGCCAGCGCGGGACGAGCGGCGCUGCCGCCAGCCCGCAGCCCGCGGCGGCCGAGGAGGGGCCGUGCGGCUGGGGCCGCUGCGCCCCCAAGGCCCUGCAGCUCUGCAACAACCCCGAGGGCUACCUGGCUGCCUACAGCCUCCUGGCCAUCUUCCAAGGUAUUGUGGUCAACGGCCUGAUCAACAUCAGUAUUUCUACAAUUGAGAAGCGUUAUGAGCUGAACAGUUCCCUCACUGGCCUCAUCUCUGCGAGCUAUGACAUUGCUUUCUGUGUGUUGUCACUGUUCAUAUCUUUCUUUGGAGAAAGAGGGCACAAACCACGGUGGCUUGCUUUCUCAGCCUUCAUGAUGGGAUUGGGCUCACUUGUAUUUGCCUUGCCACACUUCAGUAGUGGAGAAUAUCACUAUGGAACUAAACUUGAAGAUACAUGUCAAAUUGGAGGAACAGCCUCCACUAACUUCACCUGCAGUGCCAGCACAAAGUCUUCCCUCUCCAACUACCUCUAUGUGUUCAUCCUGGCGCAGCUGUUGCUCGGCGUUGGGGGAACGCCACUCUACACUUUGGGGACAGCUUUUAUUGAUGACAGUGUCCCGAAACACAAAUCUUCCCUUUACAUAGGAAUUGGCUAUGCCAUGUCGCUGCUGGGCCCUGCCAUUGGUUAUGUCUUAGGAGGGCAGCUGCUGAAUAUUUAUAUUGAUAUCCAGAUCCCAGAAAGUACAAAGUUGGAUCAUGAUGACCCACGUUGGCUUGGGGCAUGGUGGAUAGCAUUUCUUGCAUGCUUUUUUGCAAUCUGGCUGCUGAUAAUACCAUUUUCAUGCUUUCCAAAGCACCUGCCAGGCACAGCAAAAAUACAAGCUGAAAAAAUCUCUGAGACACAUAACGAUGGAAGUGAAGCACUUGUUAAAAUCAAGAACAUUGGAAAAAGCUUUAAAGACUUUCCUGUAGCUCUCAUGAUACUCUUGAAGAAUCCCGUGCUCAUGAGUCUAAUAAUAGCAAGUUCUUCGGAAGCUUUAAUUGCCACAGGUUUCGCCACAUUUCUACCCAAGUUCAUAGAAAAUCAGUUUGGACAGACAUCAAGUUUUUCAGCAACUCUCGGAGGACUUGUAUUAAUUCCAGCAGCAGCACUAGGCCAAAUCAUAAGUGGCUUCUUGGUUUCCAAGUGCAAAAUGGAUUGCAAAAGCAUAAUCAAGUUCAUGAUAGGCACUUGUUCAGUGGCACUACUAUUAAACACAGUGUUUUUAUUUGCUAAAUGUGGGAAUGAACCAUUCGCAGGUGUCUCUGAAACAUAUAAUGGGACAGGCAUGUUGCAUAACCUGACAGCACCGUGCAAUGCUGACUGCAGGUGUCUGCGCUCCAUGUAUUACCCAGUCUGUGGCAGAGAUGAGGUCCAGUAUUUUUCUCCCUGUUUUGCAGGAUGUACUGCACAGUUUUCCGACAAGAACAAAAAGACUUUCUACAACUGUUCCUGUAUUGGGACACUAGAAAAAGAAAAUAAUUCAGAGGACUAUCUGUAUGAAGCUAUCCCUGGGAAAUGUCCAGUACAAUGCAAAUUUUUACCUUUAUUUCUGACAUUCUUCUUCUUUGCUGUUGUAUUUACAUUUAUGGCUGUUACUCCAACAACUGUGGCCAUUCUCAGGUGUGUGCCAGAUAAGCAGCGCUCAUUUGCCCUUGGAGUGCAGUCCGUGUUUCUGCGCCUGCUGGGUACUAUUCCUGGACCAAUAUUGUUUGGUGUGGCAAUAGACAACAGUUGUACUCUAUGGGAUAUAAAUGAAUGUAAAGUUAAAGGAGCCUGUUGGGUUUAUGAUAAUGAAAGAAUGGCUUAUCUACUGAUGGGUAUAAGUGUUAUUUGUAAGAUCAUCACCAUCGUCUUUGUUAUCGUGGCGGUCUGUUUGUAUAAGCCUCCACCAGCAAGUUCAGCUCUGUCGCAGAAGGAUUCAGAAAUGGUGUCUGCUGUGUGCACAUAAUCCUGAGCCAAGUGGGACUUUCAAAAGAAGCCCAUAGGAAUAAGCUCUAUUACAACAUUUGUACCAAAAUUACUGUACAAUAUUACCCAAGGAUAAAAGAGCAAUAUAUAAAUCUUAAGCAAUUUAAAAUGUUUGUGAAUUUGUAGUAUUCACUAAUUUCUGCGCAUGAUCUUAGGUCUUCUACUAUGUGUUUCCAAGAAGUGGUGUGUUUUCCAGGUGGCUGACUGCAAAUUUUGACACCUAAUUUAAGUGAAACAAAAUGGAAUAGACUCUUCAGCAAGAAGAAAGAUGAGUUGAACUGAACUGACUGCAGGACAUGUUUCUGCUGCUUAUAAGUAAUACGUGAGACUAGUAGCAGGAAAUACGUAACUGGAUCCAUCCAAAGGAACUAUCAGUGAGGAUUUUAAUGUGCACGUCACCUGGACUAGUACCAUAGAUGGAAGUUUUGACUCUAGAUACACUUGGGAAUGUGCAAAUAUGGACAUGUUUUAAAAAUAUUUUUACAUGCUGUCUUAAUGGCACAAACUGUUCACUUUUUAGUAUUUGUAGAAAAAUGUAAAUAGUUAAUACAGGCCAGCCAGACUUAUAACAGCAAAAUGUUUGUUAAUUUAAGUGCCUUAUUUUCUAUCUGGGAUGUAUAAAGCAAGUUGCUGUCAAGCUUUUC